AUGGAGCAAGGCAACGAUCCCGCCCAAGGCAAUGCUGUCCCAGACGGCGCCAAUCAAGGCAACGCCGGAGGCAACCAACCUGCUGCAGCAAAUCAACCUGCUGCUGCAAACCAACCUGCAGCUGCUGCGGCCGAUCCACAACAACAACAACAAAUGAUUGCCCAACUGAUCGCCCAAAACACCAUGUUAGUCAACCAAUUAACCAACUUCAUGGCACAAAUGCAGCAACCGGCGCAGCAACCCGUCAUCAUCGUGGACCUACAUCAAACUGGUACUGCCUACAACUUGGCCCAACGCAAUGGGUUGGCGGCCUUUCAAGAAGCUUCUGCCGCCCUUUUGCACAAAUAUGAUGGGUCCAACGCGACCUACCCGGAUUUC